AUGGCAAAAACUUUGUAUGGCCUCCAGAACUUGAGGACUGGAGAAUCAACUCGUCGCUCAUGUAGCCAUGCAAAUCAACUCGAAAAUAAGCAGUUGGUGCUAGGAUCACGACAAUUAGAUGUUGGGAGAGUGGGGAAUGUCAAAAAUGGUUGCGUUAGCGAGGAAAAGUGUGAAAAGACGAACUCCACUAAAGGAUCACUGUUUGAGAGUAGCCAGCCACAAAAUAAACGUUUUAAAUCAAGUGACAACCCUCGUGUGCUCAAAAAUGUGAACAAGAACGACGAAGCUCAAAAUGUGGACAGUAGUGACGGUAAUAAUCCUCAAAUGUGUGACGAAAUCUCUUCAAGUAGUCGUCGUUAUCAAAGUAAUGCAUUCAACCGGAGGCCUUCGAGUACGCGAGGGAAAACAAGCGUGUUGGAAAACUUACGUUUUGAUCAAAACACUUCUCCAUCUACCUCAGUGGCAGGUGGGAAUUACGUACCGCCUGAUGAUAAAGAUGAUGCGAAAUUAAGAUCUCUAAGGGUUCGAAGAUACCGCCCGAACGUAGCUCAAAAAAUUGUGACGAUUUCAUCACGACGUGGGAUGCGGGACCCACCCGCGAAAGAACGUCUUCUUCCAGUUCCGGCACCACUUGGAAUCGCCGAAAACGGUUUCGAACUUCCUUUGCGGAGAAAGAGUGCAAGAAUACAAGAAAAGCGGAAGAAAGAGUCUCCCAAAGUAGUUGAAGACGCACAGGCGGCCGAAUGUUUCAUCAAACCUCGGGGCCUCAAGCGAGCGGAGCCAAUUGAGAUCCCCAACUUCAGCUACGUCGGCCCUUUGGAGAUUGCAGCACCCCCAUCAAACAUAAUUAAUGAAGAUCUGAGCGAUGAGGCAUUCUUGAAAAGGCAUGAAAAAAGAGGUAUUGAGGAACGGCGCGCGAAAAAAAUCGACUUGCGCGAGCAACGGGAACAAGCAUUCAGGGAAAGGCUUAUGAGAAAGCAAAUGAAAAAUGUCGAGCCAUCACCGCCUCCACCAGCAAGAUUCACAGUAAUUCAAGUUGAUGCGAGUGAACUCGCACACCCACUAGAGGAGGGGUUCGAUUCAGAAUUGUUACCUGAAAGGUCGCAGUCUCCCACAACAGUGGUCAUUUUAAACAUCUUGUUUCUCAACUUUUCUCCAUGA